CCUGCCACGGCUGCCAUGCACCCGCGGCGCCCGGACGGCUUCGAUGGCUUGGGCUAUCGGGGGGCCCGGGAGGAGCAGGGCUUCGGCGGAGCGUUCCCUGCACGGUCCUUCAGCACCGCGGCGGACCUCAGCCACUGGGUGACCAGCCCUCCGGACAUCCCGGGGAGCCGCAACCUGCACUGGGGCGAAAAGAGCCCCCCCUACAGCAUGCCCCUCCCCUCCACCCCGCUUGAGGGCCCGGUGGAGGAGCCUUGUCCCGGCGGCGGCGGCGGCGGCGUGGCCGGGCAGAGCAGCGAACAGUUGAAUAGAUUUGCUGGAUUUGGUAUUGGGCUUGCAAGUCUCUUUACAGAAAAUGUACUAGCUCAUCCUUGCAUUGUUCUACGCCGCCAAUGUCAGGUUAAUUACCAUGCUCGGCAUUAUCAUCUCACUCCAUUCACAGUCAUCAAUAUUAUGUAUGGUUUCAAUAAAACACAGGGACCAAGAGCCCUUUGGAAAGGAAUGGGAAGUACAUUUAUUGUCCAAGGUGUGACACUUGGAGCAGAGGGAAUAAUCAGUGAAUUUACACCUUUGCCAAGGGAGAUUUCACAUAAAUGGAGUCCCAAACAAAUAGGAGAACACCUUCUAUUGAAAUCCCUAACUUAUAUGGUGGCAAUGCCUUUUUAUUCAGCAAGUCUAAUCGAAACAGUACAGAGUGAGAUAAUUCGAGAUAAUACUGGAAUUUUGGAAUGUGUUAAAGAAGGAAUUGGAAGAGUGAUGGGCUUGGGAGUGCCUCAUAGCAAACGACUACUUCCGCUUCUUUCCUUGCUCUUCCCUACCGUGCUCCAUGGGGUUCUUCAUUACAUCAUUAGCUCAAUUGUUCAGAAGUUUGUCCUACUAAUUCUAAAGAGAAAGACUUAUAAUAGCCACUUAACUGAGAACACUAGUCCUGUGCAGAAUAUGCUGGAUGCUUAUUUUCCAGAACUUAUUGCUAACUUUGCUGCUAGUCUUUGCUCUGAUGUUAUACUUUACCCACUGGAAACAGUUUUGCACCGCCUUCACAUUCAAGGAACACGCACAAUCAUUGACAAUACAGACCUUGGCUAUGAAGUACUUCCAAUUAAUACACAGUAUGAGGGAAUGAGAGACUGUGUCAAUACCAUAAGGCAGGAGGAAGGAGUGUUUGGUUUUUAUAAAGGGUUUGGUGCUGUUAUAAUACAGUACACACUGCAUGCAGCUGUUUUACAGAUGACGAAAAUUAUUUACUCUACACUUCUUCAAAAUAGCAUUUGAGAUUUAGGCUCCUGGUUAGUCUAAAAGACAUAAUCUGGAUACUUUGUUAUGAAAUUAUGAGAAAUAAAAGUAAAAUGCAGUAGGGGGGCGGUUGGGAGGGUGGGCAUUAGAAAUUGAAACUGGUUUUAAAAAAAAGCCCAUGCUGAUUAUAUUGACUCUUCCAUUUUUUUUUUUUAAUGCAUAGGUAUGUAUUUUGGACAAAUUCAGUAAAAGUAAAGCUUACAUGAAUUAAAUUCUUACUAUUAUAUCACUUGUCCUGAACUAAAAAUUAUUCUGAGCAGAAGCAAAAAUUUAUCAUCAAACAAAAUUUCAUAGAGCUGAAUUUAUUCCAUCUGACUUACAAUUUUUAUGUUUAUUUCUCCUUUUCAAUUGAUAUGAGUAUGUCAUCUUUAAUGUAGUGUGUGAAAUUAGAAGGUCAUAGUUUACCUUGAAGUAAAUAAAUAUGUCUUCAAUGAUAAAUACUUAUGAGGAUUACAUCUGGUAAUCUGUAAACAAGAACUAUGAGUUUUAAAUUACAUUGCCCCUAUAUAAUUAUAUUUAAUGGUUGUGUACAUUUAUAUAAAGCUAUUAUGUGUACACAAAUAACUUGGAAUUUAGUUUAUCUGUACAAAUUUUCCACUCUUAGAUCAGUUUAUUGCUUAAAAUGAUAUUCUGCUGGAAUAUCAGAAUAAACAUUAAAAGUCAAGGUACUUAAAAGAUUAAGGCAAAUAGCAAACCUAGCAUUUCAGUGAAAGUAACUUAAAAUUUGUCAUACGAUUAUAAUAUUUGAUUUGCUUAUCUAGUUACAUGAAUUAUCAAACUUUUUGGAGCCACUCUUAAGAAAGAAUAUAAAAUAAUCAUGAUAACUAUUGCUAUUACCAUGUGUACAAAUUGUGUACUUAAAGGAAUGUCACUUGCUUUUCAUCUCUGGACAACUUGUCUUAGAAGAGACAUAGUUAAAACCCACUGCGCCUCUUGUCUUCUGUACAGUCAUUAAAUACUGGCUUCAGUUUUUAUUUUCUUUCAUAUUUUGUUUAAAAUUUUUAUUCUCCAAUCUUGAUAUACAUAAAUGGGAAACAGACUUUUCCUUAGUAUCUUGUUUUUAAACAUUGGGUGAAUACUGAAGACAAUUAGAAGAUUAUAGCAAGUGUAUCCUUGUUUCUUGCAGAUAAGCAAAAUAAGUGUCAACAAAUAAGUAAAAUAUUGUUAACCAGUUUAAUAAAAAGAAUUCUGUCCCUAAAUUGAAUUUGGUGGGAAGGCUUUUUGUAUACGAAAAUGAUAAAUGCAUUUGACUGAUCCAUCAUUAAACAUUUUAAAGUUUUAUUUUCUCAUGUGAAUGAUAUCCUACUUUUACAGCUUUCAUUCAGAACACUGCAGUGACUUUGAGCUAAUGUUUUCCAACCUAGCAUGCAUGCCACAGAUUUUUUUGCUGAAUGUCAGAGAAAUGAUUACUUCUUCUGCUGAAGAGUAUUGGGAACAAAACAUAACAGCCAAAACUAUGAAACAAUAUACACUACCUGUGUGUGUGUGUGUGUAUGUUUUAAUUAUUAAAACACACAAGUUUUCCACUGUAAAUUCUACCAAGAAGGUGAAAAUGUAAUUAAAUACCACUGAUCACAUGUAUUUUAUGAUUAAUCUUUUAUAAUUUACCUUAUCCAACCUAUGUCCUUUUUUUUUAAUGGCUAAGUAAUUUUUAAAAUGUUUAUAGUAUGUCCAACUUCCUAAACACCUUUUAUUUUUAUUAUAAUCAAAUAAGAUAGCUUCAGAUAGGCAUACACUUCAGAAAAUUUCAAGGUUCAGAAAACUCUAGGAGAACAGAAUCUGAAUGAAAUUAAGUGUUUGUGAGUGAAAAUCUAACUAAAAAUUAAAUAUAUCAGGAUUAGCUAAAAAUUAGAUAUAUCAGGAUUAUGGGAAACUGAAUAUAAAUCUAUUUCAUUAUGGGAUCAUAAAAUUGGUAGUCUGAAUGACAUCCAAAUAACGUGUAUCUUAUUUUUUGUCACUUUGGAGGAAGAAUACAAAUUCACAUUAAAACAAAAAUUGAAAGGUGGCAAAUAAAAUAUUAGUUUUUAUUCCUUUUCCAAGUUAGUUGAAAUAUAAAAACUCAAAUAUGUAAAUGCAAGCCAAAUGCUUGAACUGAAUUUAGAAUGGAAUCAGUGAAAUGAAUAUUGGACAUACUCUCCCUUUCUAAAAUUCCUCUAGUUCCUUAGCAUGUAGGUUCCAAAAUCAAAUAAUCAUAGACUGCAUUUCAUAUUCACAGUUGUAUUUUUAAAAUUCAGUAUGUCUAAUAGAUUACGGAUAAAGUUCUAUUAAGAUGCUCCAAAGGUCUAAUAGCCUACUUACAUAAGCCAAGUCUUGGCUAUGCUGCUGAAGUGUGAGAUGUUUGCCUUACAUUGUAGGGUUUCUUAAUUUGAGUCAAAUAGUUCGAGAACAAUUAAACUGAAAAACCAGGUAAAUAUUAGCUUACUAUAUUAACUGAACUUAUUUAUUGGUUUACUAAACCUGUGUAUAUAUCUUUCCCUUGAGACGUCCUCUAUUUUGUGGACCCUUGUAAAAUUAUUCAAGCCUCCAAACAGCACUAGACAGUUGAAGAUUGGAAAAGAAACUAAUUUCAAAAUGCCCAUGGACUGGGGAAUUUGACAAUUGCCAACGUUUCCAAAAACGUAACUGGAGAGGUAACAGGCCGAGCUCGCUUUUGCAAUUGUGCCUGACUACUCAGAGCUGUCUUUUAGCACUGGCUUCAAUACUACUGUGUAUUCAUUCAUGUGCUCAGAAAAUAAGAUGUGCUGCUAUGAUUUUUUUCCAGUUAAGAUUGUAGAGGAUAUUUGCCUCAAUUUGCUUAGUCUGUCAGCUUUUAAAAAGAUUGUCAAGUCUGAAUUAUUUUCAAUAAUGUAUAAGCAAGUAAAACCACCUUAGCGACAAUUCACUUUGCAAUAGAAUUUGAGUGUUAGCUAACUUUGGCAUUUCUGCUCUGUCUUUCAAACAGCUACAUAUUUCUCUUGCUCUACCUAACAUAAGCUGGAUAUGUAAUAUAUUUCUGUUGAGUCACUGAGCAUCACUGAUAGUACCAAAUUGUAUCACAUCGUAGCAAAAAUUUGUGAUUUGACCAUGAAUCUUAUAAAUAGUACCUCAGCUGGAAGAGCUGUUUUGUCUAAGUGUGUGUGUUUUUUAAGUUGUUUUUGUCUCAAUAUUUUAAAUGUUUUCAGUAAACUGUGUACUAUGAAAAGGUAUAAUAAAAUAUUGAAAUAAAACUAAUAUGUUUCUCUUGCUGAUACUAGGCAACACAAUCUGGUGGUGAAAGAGAAGUAAUGUUUUUCUUAGUAGAAAAGAAGACCAAGAAAAAUGUACCUGUAAAUUAUUUUUUUUUUUUUAC